GUCCUUCUCGUCCUCUCUUGCCUCACCUCGCCGCUUCUCUCCGUGCACUCACCGGGCGUGACAGCUGCAUCUCUGCGGUAAGGCGACGUUCAUCUUCGGGCAGAACUUUUCCUCGUAGAAAAAAACGAACAACCGACUCCUGUCAAAAUGGCCAGCCGCGGAACCGUGAAAGCCAGCGCCAACUUCAACGCCACCAGCGACGCUGAGGUUCUCUACAAGGCCAUGAAAGGCUUGGGAACCGACGAGGAAGCCAUCCUGCAGCUGCUGACGUCCCGCAACAACGCCCAGCGUCAACAGAUCACCGCCGCCUAUAAGACUCUCUUCGGAAAGGACCUGAUCCAAGACCUGAAGGGAGAGCUGGGCGGUAAAUUUGAGACGCUGAUUGUGUCCCUGAUGACGGCACCCCUUGCCUAUGAUGUCACUUCACUCCGUAACGCCAUCAAGGGGGCAGGCACCGACGAGAAGGUGCUAGUGGAGAUACUGGCCUCUAGGACCGCUCAUCAGGUGAAGGACAUCGUAGCUGCCUACAGACAAGAGUACGACGACGACCUCGAGGAGGACGUGUCAGGAGAUACCUCGGGUCAUUUCAAGAGGCUCCUGGUCAUCCUGCUCCAGGCCAACAGGCAGACUGGCAUCCAGGAGGCAAAAAUCCAGGCUGAUGCUGAGGUCCUGUUCAAGGCGGGCGAGCAUAAGUUCGGCACCGACGAGCAGACGUUUGUCACCAUCCUGGGAAACCGCAGCGCCCAGCACCUCAGGAAAGUGUUUGACGCCUACAUGAAGAUGUCAGGCUACGAGAUGGAGGAGAGCAUCAGAAGGGAGACGUCGGGAAGCCUCAGGGAGCUCCUGCUCGCUGUUGUGAAGUGUGCCAGGAGUGUCCCGGCCUAUUUUGCCGAGACUCUGUACUACGCAAUGAAGGGUGCGGGAACCGACGACAACACGGUGAUCCGAGUGAUGGCCACUCGCAGCGAAGUGGACUUGUUGGACAUCAGAACAGAAUUCAGGAGGAUGUUUGCCUGCUCCCUCCAUUCCAUGAUCAAGAGUGAUACCAGCGGCGACUACCGCAAGGCUCUGCUCCUUCUCUGCGGUGGGGAUGAUGCGUAACCGUGGCAACAACAACCAAGAUUGUUCAAAGUUACUCACCACACAAACUUAUCGCAUGUGACACAAACGGACGAGCCGCCGGUUACUUUUGAAAAUCUGUUUGCCGACAUUUUACGGUAGCUAACGUUUGACUUUCAUGUCCGUCCCGCUUGUUAACAGACGCUCCGCUAAUUUUACGACUGAUCCCAUUUCCAUGUUUGCACUUGUUUGUUUUUUGACAGUUGACUCAAUAAUAAACUUUUCAAUUGAUGAAGUACAAGCAAA